AUGCAAUCGCCAGCUCAGGCGUAUAUGUCUUCACCUGCCACAAACUCGCCAAGUCAGAUUGGCCUUUCUUAUAUGGGACAGGACAGCCCAUACCAGGACCAGCUUCCCACCCCUUAUGAGAUGGCGAAGCUACUGGAGAACCUUCUUUCGGCUGGGUUGAGCCAUAAACAAAUCUCGUGUCUUUGCAAACCAAAAAACUUCAACCAGCUCGUCACAAUAGCCAAUGCAGACGAGAAUGUCGUCCAAGCUGCGUGGAAAAUUGUGUAUCAAAGGCGAGAGGGUGCGAAGACACGAAAACUAUCCAGUGGUGCGGCGAUGCGUUAUGCGCCUGGGAAUGCAAGCCUCGGGCCCAACAAGCCCCAAUGGUCCGCUCCAACAGACCCGAGCACUUCUACAAUUGAAACGUAUGCUGCAGGAUUCACAAACUUGAUUCAAGGACAACCUCAACCGUCGAUGUGGCACAAUGUCUCCGGAGAAAUGGACGCCAUGAUCUCCAGAGAUCCGGCCGUUCAUGGGGACGGUACCACAAUAGCCCCUACUAUGUCCUUCACCGCGCCCAAUUUCGAGCAGCCACAGCGGGCGGACUUGCAUCAACCGGCAAAUGCAAAUACCACAGGGGUCACCUCUGUGUAUCCGUAUCAUGCUCUUGUGGAUGUCUCUAGUUUUUCUGGUGCUGGCAAUGCUAGCGUUUCUUACGUCGCUUCAACCCCUGCCACUUACUACAGCGCCGGUGGAAAAGCGACACACGACAACAGGCCCUCAGCUGCCAGUACCGAUUCGACUGAUCGACCGAUUCACCAAAGGACUGUCAAAAAAGAACAGACUGGGCAUCCCUGUUCUGAACCAGACUGCGAGAAGAAAAAGAGGUUUCUGCGCUCAACCGAGCUAGGGAAACACCUGCAAGGGGACCACGAACAGGAUACCAUCCACAUCUGCCAACAUGAUGACGACUGUGCAAUGCAAACAUACCGGCACGCGUCGUGGGGGCGCCAUCACAGCAGGGACCACGAUUCAUGCAAGCAAGGUGAUAUGUGUGUCAAAAUCAUCCGUGUCAGGGAGAAAAGAUACUGGGGAUGUUCCAUCUGCGUGCAUUUGUCGGAGGAUGUGUCCUCCCAUGCCGAACACCAUAUCAACCAUUUCAAGGACGGUGCGGCGCAGGCUUGUGACAUCAAAUAUUCCACCAUGAUCCUGAGCUUGCUUUUGCAAGAAGCGACCAAGAGCAAGUGGGAAGCAUACAGCCUGGCGAUGGGCAUCCAAGCUGGAAAUUGGGACUUGGCCUGGCAGCCGCCUGUCAAGGAAAUUCGGACGGCUCUCGAGUACGGUACAUAUCAAGGCUCUGAUAUUUCCGAUCCUGCUGUGGCAGAGCGGCUCAUCACGGCACUGUUUGCCUCAAUGUCCUUCAAACGCAAAUGGGACGAGGCUGAUCUGGACGGUCUCGACAACAUCUGGCUCAACGUCGAUUCUCGUAACAAUUGCACUUCUUUCCCGGAUACAACCAGUGUUGAGUUCAACGGUAACCAUUGA